ACGGUGGCCACCGACCGUCGUCAAUGCUUCCAUUGUACUCCGAUUACAGUAGCAAUGAAAGAUUUAUAGAUGCUCUGGAAAUUCCCCGCUCGCUUUUGACCAUCAUGGCUUCAAUAGCCCAGAUCUUCUCUGUUCUUUCUGCAUCCGUUGAAUGUACUGCGCUGUCUCUCAGCGAUCUUGACCGCUUCAUCCGCUUCACCCGUCGCCUGAAGCCUGAGAUUGCACUUGGAAUGCAGCACAGUUCUGCUCCUCCUCCAUUCCUGCCUCCUCAUGUCACCUCAUUUCUUUCGAAUGCAUUAGAUAUCCAUGGAGCCGUUGUACUCAAAUUGUGGGCUUCCCUUCGUCAAUACAUCUGGGAGCUCGAAGAACCAUCCAUCGAGACCACUGAACGCUUGUUGUUUGAUGAGCAUGGUUCGAGGACUACAAAAAAUCAUCAACGGCUAGCCUACUACAUGUUCUAUCCUCCAUUCACAAAGUGUCCGGACUGCAAGAAGAUACUCACCCAUAUAUCUCGAGUCCCUGUAACUUUUUUCACAAAAGAUGGGCCCUUCUCUGCUUAUUCGACUUCUCUGCGCUGCAGAACAGAAUCAUGCGAAACUCGCUACUAUCCAAAUUAUAGUGUCAAAAUCAAGGCCAAAGUCCGUCGCUACUAUGAUGAGGCAGUUCCGAGCAUUCUUCAUCUGGAAGAACACUCAUUCAUUCAAUCUGGUCUGUCCGAACUCUUCACAGCUUGCACCUUAUUUGCCUGGGUGUCAUCGCAAAAUUGUGCCUUGAUAUACAACCACGCACUGUCUCCUUAUGGCCAGAAGCAUGUAAGUGAAAGCAAGUUCAUGCUCACGCCCACCCAAGUUUGGAGAGCUUUCGUGUUAGUCUCACUACUUAAGGAUUGGAGGGAGCGGGGCUGUAUAUUAUCUGUUCGUGAUGAUGGUGAGUUGAAUGCGCAGUUGAAGGAGCUGAUGUGUGAGCGCAAUGAUCAUAUGAUUGCGGAGGGUCAGUCGGAGCGUCUGCAUGCUUGCGAAACUUGUGAAAAGUUAGUGCCGACUGAAAAUCCUUGUUCGCAUAUGGGGUUACGAUCACUUCGUGCAGUUGUAACGGAUGGUGUAACUUUGGGGCACCCUUGCUGCAAAGUCCACAAUUGCACUGAACCUCUGCAGAACAAUCGUCAUCACUGGUGUAAAACACAUAUGGAGCAACAACAUGUCUGCAUCAUCACAGACUGCAAUCGCCCUACCCGUUCUGGUCAUCGAACAUGUAAUGAUACAGCGCAUCGCAAGUAUGAAGAGUAUCGAAACUUGAAAGGGAAAGGUUUUUUUCUUCUUCGCAAACGGCUACAACGUGUCGGAGUUCAACAACCGUCGACUUCUUUGGGCCUUGAUUCUGUUGUGGAGGAAAAUCUUGCAGAACUUUUGGAUAUAGAUGGCGAUGAUCCCAUUGAUCCAGUGCACAAAUCGGAUAAUGGUAACCGACCUUCAAAAGCAAUGUUCGCUCGUCGUCGAACUCAUAAUGAGCAGUUGGUGGUAUGUUCAUGUGGUAUCAUUUCGGCACGAGCAACUAUGUUUGGUGCGGAGGCCAUUUCUGGUGUAAAGGAUUUUCUAAAGUCUGUCUACCCUAAUCCAAACGACCUUCCCGAUGUCAUUUUCUAUGACAACAACUGCCAACUACAAGCUCAUUUGUUAGCUCAAAAUGAUGAAUACUUCCGUGGUACGAUGCUUCCAGUUGACGUCUUUCAUUUCAAAUCGAAGCACAAGCAAAGUGACGAAUUUUGCCAGAAGCACUGCAACCCUUCGCAGUGGACAGAACUUGUUGGGGAGGAUGGAGAAUGGGUAUUCAACUCGUCUGCAGCUGAACAAGCAAAUGUCUGGAUUGGAGGGUAUCAAGCAAUAGUCCGGGAAAUGCUCUACUAUAAUUACAACUUCUUUCUUGAUGAAAUGAUCAAACGCAGAAAUGCAGUCUUAGUAGCUAAACUUAGCAGAACAAAUCAAGCACCCUAUCAUAUCCCUUCUUAUCCUCACGUUAUGUAGAU